CUAAUUGUUUCCCUUUUAAUUGUUAAUCUUAGUGAAGAAAAUGUUUGGAAACUCUGUGAAUGGGUUAGAGAUAAUGAACCGAAAUUGAUUGACUUUUGUUUCGCUGUUUUCAUUUCCAAUGGUUCAGAAAAAGUUCCGCUUUGGUUUCAACAAGCGGGCGACGAUGAUUGUCAAGGAUUCGUGAUCUGGGACUAUCACGUUAUCCUUAUUUACGACGACCAAGUGAAUGGAGGAGACGAAGGGACAAAAGAUGAAACAAAUUCCAAGUCAACUUGUUUCGUCUAUGAUUUAGAUACUCUCUUGUCUUUCCCUGUCUCUCUCGAAGAAUAUGUCACCUCGUCGAUUCAAGAAGACGAAACUCUUAGACCGGAAUUCCACCGUUGGUUCCGUGUGAUCCCCGCAGCCCAAUAUUUGACCUCCUUUGCGUCUGAUCGCAGUCGCAUGAAGAGGGAAGACGGAACUUGGAUCAAGGAACCACCUCCUUACCCCCCAAUCGCGACAAUCAAUUGUUCUGAUAAUCUCAAAACUCUCAUCUCAAUGGAUCCCGAAAAUUGUGACAUUGGAAAAGUGAUGAACUUUAAUCAAUUCAAGAAUCGCUUCCUGCACUCGAGCGAUUCUAAAGAUUCCGAGAAAAAGGGUUGAUUAGUUUCUAAUUGGGUCGACAAUUAGAACGUUGUAAAUUCAUUUCAAUCAUCCAAUUGUAUUGUUGCUCCUUCUCAUCAUCAUCUUAACCAUUUCCUAAACCACUAGACUAAUCCGAUCCAAAUGACCGAAGCCAUAAUCAUAUUGUAAACAAAUGAACCAGUCAUGACAACUAAUUAACCAUCGGAACGAGAUUGAAAUCAAUCAAUGAAUUGGACAAGUUGAUUUACCAUAAAGACAAAAGAUCAACACAAUCAGUGAGAGAUGAAGAAAGCAAAUGAAAUUUCAUCAACUAAUUGUGAACAUCAAGUUAAUCCCGUAAUUUAGUCCAAUUGUUUGAUAUGUUUGUCCGUUUCUACCCUCUAAUAUUUAGUAACCACACCCGAUUAAUUGCCCGAAGAAAUUAGUUGAUUUCCUUUUCCAUUAGAAAAGCAUUUUACUUGUAAAAUUUAUUUCUUUUUCCAAAAAUGAUUCCUUCUAAUUCAAGACCAACAUGGAUCACAAUCAUAAUCACAAUCACCACCACCUCAAUUAACUAAUGUGCAAACAAAAUGUUUACAAUCAAAUAUUUAAAUUGCGUAAAUAUAGUUGAACAAGAUGAUUAAAUUGUUGGAAAGACUUCCAAGUGAAAUGUUAUCCUCGUUUCCACUCGGCAAAGCCUCAAGACAAGAAGGAGGAAAAUCAAAGUUCCCUUUGAAAAGUAAUAUCAACAAAUUAAUUUUAAUUACCAUUAAAUUGUUCAAGUUAUAAACAGAAUAUCAUCUUUUCUAUCACCAUUAUUAUCAUCGUAACAAUACAAACCUUUAAUUGUUGUGACUGUUAUUUACUUAACCAUUUAGGGUGUAACUAACCAACAAUCAAGAAGAAAAAGAAAAAGAAAUUUUCAAUUUUCAAUUUUCUUCCAAAAAGCAUCGAUAAUAAACUUUAAUUUAUGUUGA